GAGAGAGAGGAGAAGGGGGGGAGCCACUUUCACUGCUCCACUUUUCAUCGACAUUCCUCCCCGAGCGUCUUUCCAAACGCGUGACCUGCGCGUAAUUACGCACGGACACACACACGGACACACGCGCCGUGUCUGCCCCGCGGUCUGCGUCCCGAGCCCCGUGUUCCGCGCGGACAAAGGCACUACAACAACUGACUGAGAAGAAGCAGAGACGAGGAGAGGAGGAGGAGAAAAAAGAAGAAGAGGAAGAAGAAACAGCGAAUCCGGAGCGAAAAGGAAGUAAUUUGCGAACGUUUUUUUUUUUUUUUUGGAUCAUGUAGCUCAACUUUGCAACGGGAUAUCGCCGUGAAACGGUCGUGGGACGCGCGGAGAGGCUGGAUUUACGAGUUGGAGAGAGGAAUCGGACUAAAAGCAGCAUCGAUACCGGCGGAGUAUGGGGGAGCAGCCGAUCUUCAGCGCCCGGGCGCACGUGUUCCAGAUCGACCCGAGCACCAAGAGGAAAUGGCUGCCGGCGAGCAAGCACGCCGUCACCGUGUCCUUCUUCUACGACAACAGCAGGAACGUGUACCGCAUCAUCAGCGUGGGCGGGACCAAGGCGAUCAUCAACAGCACCAUCACUCCCAACAUGAGCUUCACAAAAACGUCUCAGAAGUUCGGUCAAUGGGCCGACAGUCGAGCCAACACCGUGUACGGCCUGGGCUUCUCCACCGAGCAGCAGCUGCAGCAGUUUGCAGAACAGUUCCGAGAGCUGAAAGAAGCGGCUCGUUUGGCUCGAGAAAAAUCCCAGGAGAGAUACGAGCUGUCCAACCCUGCGCUCAACCUCGCCGCCCCGCAGGUCAGACCUGUAACUGCACCACGAAAACACGCUCUGUCUGAGGAGCGUCAGUCUCCUCCGCUGCUCAAAGUCAACGGACCCGAAGAAAAACUGUUCAGGAGCAAAAGCGCCGAAGUGGAACUGACGACGGAGAAAGAACGAGUCAAGAAGAUUCCCUCAGAGGGGUCCAUGUGUGAGCUGAACCUGGAGGCGGAGCUCUUCACGCUGCAGGACAGUAACGCCAAACUGGUGGAGGCGCUGCACGAAGCCAACUCCAGUGUGGAGCAGUGGAAGAGACAACUGCAGGAGUAUCAGGAGGAGACCGACCGCCUGCGCACCCAGGUGUCGGAGCUGGAGACUCAGCUGGGGCGUCCUCCUCAGUCUGGAGCUGAAGAUCUGAGUCGCUCCCUGGAGGAACUGGAGGCUCUGCUCAGCGUCAAGAACCAGGAGAUCCACAGUCUGCAGAGCAAAAAGAACGACGUGAACGAACUGGAGAAGGAGAGAGAGGAGGCGAUGAACAGACUGCAGGAGGUGGAGCGUCAGAACUGCGAGCUGGAGUCUCGUGUUCAGGAGGCGGAGCAGACGCUGAGCUCCAGUCGAGAGGAGCAGCUCCAGAACCACGAGGAACUCAAGAAGAUCCUCCACGUGCUCGACCUGAAACUGUGCGACCUGAGUCAACUCAGAGAGAGUCUCGCUCAACUCAUCAGCAAAUAACCACCUACAAAUACUACAAAUACUACUACAAAUACUACAAGUACUACAGCUGAGGUCUGGCCCAACUCAUCAACAAACAACUACAAACAGUACUACAAAUACUUCAAAUACUACAAGUACUACACCUGAGGGAGUGUCUUGCCCAACUCAUCAACAAAUAACCAACAGUACUACAAAUACUACUACAAAUACUACAAAUACUACAAGUACUACAACUGAGGGAGUGUCUCGCCCAACUCAUCAACAAAUAACCAACAGUACUACAAAUACUACUACAAAUAUUAUAAAUACUACUACAAAUACUACAAGUACUACAGCUGAGGUCUGGCCCAGCUCAUCAACAAAUAACUACAAGCAGUACUACAAAUACUUCAAAUACUACAAGUACUAUAACUGAGGGAGAGUCUCGCCCAACUCAUCAACAAAUAACUAUAAGCAGUACUACAAAUACUACAAGUACUGCAAAUACUACAAGUACUACAGCUGAGGUCUGGCCAAGCUCAUCAACAAAUAACUACAAACAGUACUAAAAAUACUUCAAAUACUACAAGUACUACAGCUGAGGGAGAGUCUUGCCCAACUCAUCAACAAAUAAUCUCCUACAGUACUAUGAAUACUGCAAAUACUACAAAUACUGCAAGUACUACAACUGAGGGACAGCGUUGCUCAGCUCAUCAACAAAUAACUACAAACAGUACUACGAAUACUACAAAUACUGCUAGUACUACAAGUACUACAGCUGAGAGAGAGUCUCACUCAACUCAUCAACAAAUAAUCUCCUACAGUACUACAAAUACUACGAAUACUACAAAUACUACAAGUACUACAACUGAGAGACAGCCUGGCUCAACUCAUCAGCAAAUAACCACCAACAAAUACUAAAAAUACUACAAAUACUAUCAAUACUACAAGUACUACAACUGAGAGACAGCGUGGCUCAGCUCCUCAGCAAAUGACUACCAACAGUACUACAAAUACUACAAAUACUACGAAUACCAGAGUUGAGGGACAGUCUGGAGCAGCCCAUGAGCAAAUAACUUCCUGCGAAUACUACAAAUGCUACUACAAAUACUACAAAUAUUAUAAGUACUACCACUGAGGGAGAGUCUGGCACAGCUCAUCAGCAAAUAACCAUGAACAGUACUACAAAUACUACAAAUACUAUCAAUACUACAAGUACUACAACUGAGGGACAGCGUGGCUCAACUUAACAGUAGGCCUAAAUUACUACCAAGAGUACUACGAAUACUACCACCACUAAUCACCACUAUUACUUCAACUAUGACUACUAGCACCAAACCACUACUACUACUACUACACCUAAGACUAUGACUACUACUGUUACUGCUAUGAAUACUGCAAAUACUACUACAUCUAUGACUACGACGACUACUACUACUACUACUACUACUACUACUACUACUACUACUACUACUGCACUUACCCAAACCACUACUACUAUAGCUGUGGCUACAACGAAUACUACAAAUACUACAGAUAUUACUACCAUUAGGCCUCCGAACUACCAUUACCUAAGUACCACUACAAAUGAGAACUACUACUACUACAACUACUACUACUACAACUACUACUACUACUACUGCACUUACACAAACCACCACUACUACAGCUGUGGCUACUACAAGUACUACAAAUACUACGAAUACUACUAUCAUUAGGCCUCCGAACUACCAUUACCUAAGUACCACUACAAAUGAAAACUUACUACUACUACUACUACUACUACUACUACUACUACUACUACUACUACUUCCACUGCUACUACACAGGGAAAUUAAGUUAGUUAUUUAGUUAAAGCUGCAUUGUGUAACUUUUCUAGUGUCUGGAAUGUUCCACAGUGCGGCAUUAAACCUUUUUUAUCUCCACGGAGACCAGACCAAGACCAGUUUACAGGUCAGAUCUGCGGAGAAUCUGUGUUUUUCUUUGUAUUUUUGAGCUUUAAAACCACCUGUGAUUAAGUAAAUAUAAAGUUAGAGCUGUUUAAAGUCACAGUGCGGAACUUUCCAGGCAAAAAACUGAAGUGUCUUUUUUUUGUCCAGCCUCUUCAAAGCUGCCGUUACUAAUUUAAAGUUACAGCUAUGGCUCCCUCUAGUGUCCACUUAAGUGCACAACACCAACUGUUCAGUCAAUAAAAGUGAUUAUUCAGGUUACAAUAUAAUCACAAGAACAUAAAAAUAACAAAUAGUAUGGAAAUAAUUCUAUAACACAAAAUAUAAACAAAAAAAAAACAAACAAAAAAAACACAAAUUUCUAAUGUUUGAAAUAAUUUAGACUAAUUAUUAUAUAUUAUUUGUGAUGUAAAAUGUUGAUGAUGAUGUCCCCGGUCCUGUCUGACGAUCCAUGGGUUUCAGAAUCAUGUGAAAUUCUGGUUGUUUCCAUAGCGAUUGACAAUUCAAAACAAAAAUAUGACAUCUUCUGAAUGGUAAAAAGUCCCCAAAAUGGCGCCUAUAAAUAGCGGUGAAUUCUGAGGACUAAAAGAUUGGAUUUUUCUAUAAUCUAUAAUGGACUGAUUUUAUAGAAUGAUGAGAAAUUUAGGUUGUUUCCGUGGCAAUUGAGGAUUCAAAACAAAAUAUUGUGUCUUCUGAAUUAUAAAAAGUCCUCAAAAUGGCGCCUAUAACUGAAAACUAACUUGUGAGUAGCAGUGGAUUGUGAGGACCAUAAAUGGAUUUAAAGACUGGACUUUUCUAUAAUGUCUAUAAUGAACUGACAGACUUUAGGACUGGACUUUUCGAUUUAUGAAGAACUAUAGUCUAUAAUGGACUGGUUUUACAGAAUGAUGAGAAUUUAGGUUGUUUCCAUGGCGACUGGCGUUUCACAACAAUAUAUUACAUCUUUUGAAUGGUUAAAAAGUCCUUAAAAUGGUGCCUAUAACUGAAAACUAAUCUAUGAGUAGCAGUGUAUUGUGAGGUCCGUGACUGGACUUAAAAACAAAAUUUUUCUACAGUCUCCACUGAACAAAAAUUAUGAGGAAUUGAGGUUGUUUCCAUAGUGACUGACCAUUCAAAAUUAUUAAAAUUAAUAAAUAUUGCAUCUUCUGAAUGGUAAAAAGUCCUCAAAAUGGCACCUGUAACUGAAAACUGAGGACCAUAACUGGACUUUAGGACUGGACUUUUCGAUUUGCGAAGAAUGGGUUUACACAAUGAUGAGAAAUUUACAUUUCCAUUGCAACUAACAACAAAAUAUUUAAUUUUUUCAGUGGCUAAAAAGUCCUCAAAAUGGCGCCUAUAUCAGAAAAAUAACCUGUGAGUAGCAGUGAAUUGUGAGGACCAUGACUGGACUUAAAAACUGGACUUUUCCUUAAUCUCCAAUGAACAAGUUUCCAGAAUUAUGAGAACUUUAGGUUGUUUCCAUGGUGAUUGAUGAUCCAAAACUAAAUAUUCCAUGUUUUGAAUGGUAAAAAGUCCUCAAAAUGUCACCUAUAACUGAAAACUAAUCUGUGAUGCAGUGGAUUGUGAGGACCGUGACUGGACUUAAAAACUGAACUUCUCCUUAAUCUCCAAUGAACUAGUUUACAGAAUGAUGAGAAAUUCUGGUUGUUUCCAUGGCGAUUGACAAUUCAAAACUAAAAUAUGACAUCUUCUGAAUGGUAAAAAGUCCUCAAAAUGGCACCUAUAACAGAAAACUAACCUCUUAGUAGCAGUGGAUUGUGAGGACUGUGAUUGGACUUAAAACCUGAACUUUUCCUUAAUCUCCAGUGAACUAAUUUCCAGAAUUAUGAGAACUUUAGGUUGUUUCCAUGGCAACUGAUGAUCCGAAGAAAGAAAAUUACAUCUUUUGAAUGGAAAAAGUCCUCAAAAUGGCACCUGUGACAGAAAAUUAACCUGUGAAGCAGUGAAUUGUGAGGACCGUGACGGGACUUCAAAACUGGACUUUUCUUUAAUUUCCAAUGAACUGGUUUACAGAAUGAUGAGAAAUGUGGGUUGUUUCGAUAGUGACUGGUCAUUCAAAAUAAAAUAUUACAUCUUUUCAAUAGCUAAAAAGUCCUCAAAAUGGCGCCUGUGACUGAAAACGAACCUGUGAGUAGCAGUGAAUUGUGAAGACCGUGACUGGACUUAAAAACUGGACUUUUCCUUAAUCUCCAAUGAACCAGUUUCCAAAAUUUUGAGAACUUUAGGUUGUUUCCAGGGUGACUGACGAUCCAAAACAAAAUAUUCCAUGUUUUGAAUGGUAAAAAGUCCUCAAAAUGGCGCCUAUGACAGAAAACGAACCUGUGAGCAGCAGUGAAUUGUGAGGACCGUGACUGGAUUUAAAAACUGGACUUUUCUAUCUACGAUGAACUGGCUUACAAUGAUGAGAAGUGUGGGUGGUUUCCAUGGCGACUGACAACAAAAUAUUACAUCUUUUGAAUGGAAAAAGUCCUUAAAAUGGCGCCCAUGAGAGAAAUCUGAAAAACAUGAAGACCGUAACUGGACAUUAGACCUGGACUUUUCGAUCUCCAUGGACCAGGUCUACAAAAUGAUGAGAAACUGAGAUUAUUUCCAUGGUGAUUAACAACAAAAUAUUACAUCAUUUGAAUGGAAAAAGUCCUCAAAAUGGCGCCUGUAACAGUGGAUUCCGAGGAUCAUAACUGGACUUUUCGAUCUCCAAUGAACUGGUCUACAAAAUGAUGAGAAACUGAGGUUGUUUCAAUAGAGAUUUACAACAAGACAUUACAUCUAUUGACUGGAAAAAGUCCUCAAAAUGGCGCCUGUAACUGUGGAUUCCGAGGAUCAUAACUGGACUUCGAGACCGGACUUUUCUAUCUCCAGCGAACUGGCUUCGAACCAGCAACCGCAUCAGCAAAACCCCAGGACUGAGCUGUUUCUGUCUCUUCUCUUCUGCUCUUAAUAAUAUCAUAGCUCUAAUAAACACGUCCAGGGAAUACUCAAGCCAGGACACGAGCCAGCCGUGGCCAGCAGGGGGCGCUACGCUGGCCUCUCACAGCCCUUUAGACGCAUCGAGUAAAACGUGUGUCAUGUUGUGAAAUCUCAAAACAAUAAUAUUUAACAGGGUUUCAAAAAGCAGGUUCAGAAAUGUGUAUUUAGAGCAGAAAAUUUACCGAAAGUUAAACCUGUAAGAAGGUUUUUGAAGUUAAAGCAGCAUUACGUAACGUUUCUGGUGGUACGUGUUUGUCUCUGGGGAGUUGUGUUUGCUUUUGCUUGGAAUGUUUCACCCAUUGGCAUUAAAAUGACCUGUCUCCAUGGAAACAAGCAGGUGAAGCCAGGCCCGUCGUCAGAAAUUUGGGGGGCCCGGGGCAAAAAGCGGCACAUGGGCCCCCCUCUAUAAAUGAGUAGGAAGAGAGUUAGGGGGCCCUUGUUGACUACAAGUACUACUACUACCAAUACUAGUAAUACUACAAAUACUUCAACACCUACUUCUACUACUACACCUAAGACUAUAACUACUACUGUUACAGCUACGAAUACUACUAACCAUCCAUCCAUCCUCAAACCUAAAUCAAAACAAACAAGAGAACAACAGGUGUAUCCAGGUCAGGACCAGAGGUGUGGAAGCUCCAUUAUGACCAUGAAUUGUUCUGAUAAUUAGACCCACACCCUGUACAGGUCAACAGGCCGAACUAACAAACACAAACUGUAAACAAGUGUAUGUUAGUUUCAGAGUAGUUUCAGUGUAGUUAGCUCCUCCCUGUAGACAGAUAUAAGGAAGUGUCCACCAACGUCUGACCAGAACUGAAGAAGCAGCAGAGAAACGUCUUCAACCAAACUAACUUUAGUCCAGUCGACAAACUGAAUUUUCUCCUCAUGGAUUCUACCUGGACGACUGAGGGAUUCUUCACAUAUGAAGACAGCUACUACUACUUCUAGCACCACUACUACUACUACUACUACUACUACUACUACUACUACUACUACAAAUACUACUACUAAUACUAAUACUAAUGCUACAAUUACUACCACUACCCUUACACAAACCAUCACUCUUAAACCUGUGGCUACUACGAAUACUACAAAUACUACAAACCACAACUCAUCAGCAAAUAACCACCUACAGUACUACAAAUACUACAGGUGCUAUCAAUACUAUUACCACUACUACUACAACUACUACUGCUACUACUACUACCAAUACUACUACACCUAAGACUAUGACUACUACUGUUACUGCUACGAAUACUGCGAAUACUACUACUACUACUACUACUUACACAAAGCAUUAAUAUUACACCUGUGGCUACUACGAAUACUACAAAUACUACAAACCACAUCUCAUCAGCAAACAACUACCAACAGUACUACAAAUGCCAUCAAUACUAUCACCACUACUACUACUACAACUAUGACUACUACUACUACCAAUACUACUACACCUAAGACUAUGACUACUACUGUUACUGCUUCGAACACUGCAAAUACUACUGCAUCUUUGACUAUGAAGACAACUGCUAAUACUUUUACCACUACUACUACUACUACACUUACACAAACCACCACUACUACACCUGUGGCUACUACGAAUACUACAAAUACUACAAACCACAACUCAUCAGCAAAUAACUAGCAAGUACUACAAAUACUACAGAUGCUAUCAAUACUAUCACCACUACUAGUAGUAGUAUGACUACUACUACUAUUACCAAUACUACUAAUACUACAAAUACUUCAACACCUACUUCUACUACUACACCUAAGACUAUAACUACUACUGUUACUGCUACGAAUACUACGAAUACUACUACAUCUACAACUAUGAAGACAACUACUACUACUUCUAGCACCACUACUACUACUACUACUUCUAAUACUACUAUUACUACCACUACACUUACACAAACCACCACUCCUAACCCUGUGGCUACUACAAAUACUACAAAUACUACAAACCACAACUCAUCAGCAAAUAACCACCUACAGUACUACAAAUAGUACAGAUGCUAUCAAUACUAUUACCACUACUACUACUACUACUACUACUACUACUACUACUACUACUACUACUACUACUACUAUUACUAUUACUAUCACCACUACUAUUACAACCAGUACUACUACACCUAUGACUACUACUACUACUACUACCACCAAUACUACUACACCUAAGACUAUGACUACUACUAUUACUGCUUUGAAUACUGCAAUACUUACCACUACUACUACUACUACUACUACUACUACUAUUACUAUUACCACUACUAUUACAACCACUACUACUACUACUACUUCUAGCACCACUACUACUACUAUUACUCCCACUACACUUACAACUACAACUGCUACUACUACCACUGAAGUACUACGACUACAACUAGUACUACUGCUACUUCUGGAACAAAAACAAAGCAAGAAAAAAUGUACCGGCGAAGUUGGUCGGAAGUCGGACCCAGAAGUGACCUCAUCUCUUCACAAUCCCAAAGAGACAAAGAGGUGGUGCAUGUUCUGCCAGAAAAGUUACGUAAUGUGUCUUUAGUUAAAUGUAAGAUGGGAUUUUUUUUGCUGUGAGUCGAGUUAUUUACUUCAGCCUGAACCUGAACCUGCUUGUUGAAACGACACACACACUCUUCCGUAUGUGCCAUGUUUGUUUGUUUACAUCUCACAGCUGUUUCACACUCGUCUUUUCUACGACCGUUUCCUCAUUAAAACAACAACAAUAAUAAAAUAAUAAUAAUAAAAUGUGUGUAGAUGCUUAGCUGAGCCAAAGUGCAGCCGACCACAGCGGAGACGAGGAAGAAAAACUCGAGCGGAUCAUGUGACGGUGAGCGAAACAAACGCAGCCGACAUCUUGGGACUUUAACGUAGGAUUUUCCCUAAAGAAAAGCAAAAUGAAGCGAGAAACAUGAAAAAUCGUCCAGUCAGGCUUUGGGACAGCGUUUUAAAUCACAAUAUUGAUCUAAAAUGACUUAAUAAAACAAUCAAGAGCGCUGAUUUUUAUGUUAGAAAACGUUGGUGUCCAAUAGACCUUUUUCACAACGGCCGGAUGUGCCGUGAUGUCGGUAAACGUCACUUCCGGUUAAUGUUUUUUCUGUAGCUAAAUAUCAGUGUAAAUGUCUGGCGUGUUCUUACAUAUUAUUAGAAUAGAGCAAAAGUAAAGUUAUGAUCAUGAACAAAGCAGAAGGAACUUGUUCACUCAGACUGAUUUUACCAUUAAAAUUAAAAAUCAAUUUCAUGAUGUUGAUACAGAUGUUCACAUGUCCAACGUUUAAACUGCACAAAUCUCUCUGUCUAUGCUAAUAUCUACAUCAUGAAAUCGAUUUUUAAUUUUAAUUUAGUUUUAAACAACAAUAUAAAAUAUUAGGGCUGGGCAAAAAUUAAAAAUAUGAAUGACAUUAAUCGCAUGAGUUCAUGUUAUACGCAAAACCAAUUAAUGAAUUAAAAAGUAGAGUAUAGUGACUUUUAUUGUAAAUGAAAGAGCCAAACAUUUGUUGUGUAAACAGUAUUUCAGAGUUGAAUCUUAGAGUCUUCAAGGUUUUCUGAAGGCUCAAGAAAAAACACUGAAGACAUUUUUGUACAACUAAUUUUUUUUUUUUUCAAUAUUUUUAUUCAAUGAGUAAUAAACACGACACUAUUAAUAAUUUCUAGAUCAUUGUUUUAAACUUGGACUGAUAUUUUUUGGGAAACAAAGGGUUAAUAUAAUGGAAUGGAAAUGGACCAAUCACAAUUUUUCUUCCAGUUGUAUCCGGGUAAAUCAGUGACUCCCCCUGCAGCGCUGAACUAAACAAACACCUGCAGCACGUUCAGCGGCUGGAACGAAGACCCGAGCAACUCGAGUCAAUGUGGGGAUGAAUUUGAGAUUGACAGUUGUCUGAGCCAAUCAUAUUUCAUUGAGUUAUGGGCGGGAUCAUAUCACCACAUCUUCCAGACCUUCGUGAAUACCCUGUAAUAGUAUAAUGUAGGCGCGACGAAAACCGCACUGGACACCUGGAUUUGGCCGCCUCAGGGACGUCUGGAAGAAGAAGAAAGAGAAAGUUAGGAGCCCGCGGCAGCUCAGAGCCCGCGGCUGGUCCGGAGCCCGCGGCUGGUCCGGAGCCCGCGGCUGGUCCGGAGCCCGCGGCUGGUCCGGAGCCCGCGGAGGCUCGGACACGCUGCACCUCACGUGGUCAGAAAAAAGUGAAAAAAGUGUAAAGAAAAGACGUCAAACUCUCGCAAUGGACUUUUUCAAAAUAAAAGCCAAAAUAAAAUAAACAGACAUUUACAAUAAAAAAUAAAUAAAUAAUAAAAAUUGCGUUAACGGCGUUAAAAUAAUUGUCGCCGAUAAUGAAUUUAUUAGUUAACGCAAAAUUAACACGUUAACGUGCCCGGCCCUAUAAAAAUAAAAUAAUAAAAGUCGAUUUUGCUGUAUAAGUUUGGUUUAAUCUCGAUGGAACUAUCCUGGUGUAGUAAAAGUCAAUAAAAAAAAGCACGAUGUUCGUCAGUAUGGAGAACUUAUCUCCAUGGAGACGAACAGAAGAUAAUGGAUUUUAAUUUUUUUGCCAUAAAAACACUUCAAAUAAAAAAAAUAAUAAUAAUAAGAUUGAGGGAUAAAUAGGGAAUUAGGUGAAAAGUUUAUAGAGAAAACACUCAGUAGAACCUUCCCAACAUGGCCGACGAUGAGAUGAGACGCGGUUACACAGCAGUAAGAUGUCCGCUCUAGAGUUUUCUUCCUCUGUCUCUUGUGUGCGGCUCUAGAGACGCUCCAGACUCACGUCCCGAACUCAAAGCACCAAAGUGAAAAGCACAACUGCAGCACUGGUACAAAUCAGGAGACGUUUUGUAACUUAACGUGGAACAAACUGGGAAAUCUUUGUGAUAAAGGGAAAUUCUCCCAACAGCAGGAACGAUCCGAGACGGCGAGUUUGGCGGAUUCACCGUAGGUUUUAUAUCGAUAUUAAAAGUGUUUCUGGUGACGUAGAAAAUGAGUGUUGUGAUAAUUCAUAUGUUUGUGUGUGAGAGUUCGGUCUGAGGCACCACGACGACAUCGACCGCUUUAACGCAAACGAAGCAAUAAGAUUAAAAGUGCUUUUGACACGUCGAUUUUUCUAUGUUUUAUUUGUUGUGUGGGUUUGGAAGAUCGUUUGUUCCAUUAGAUUCUGAAUUAAAAUACUGAAAAAAAAA